AUGGCCCUGUCCGUGCGCACGAGCGCCGGGUCCCGGCAGUUCUCCUCGCGGAGCGGGCUGGGCGGGGGGGCUCUCAGCGGGGGCGGCUUUGGUGGCAGCACACUCGGGUUUGGUGGUGGAGCUGGUGGAGGCUUUGGUGCUGCUUCUGUGCUUGGUUCAGGCUCUGGCUUUGGAGGGGGUUUUGGGAGUAGCUCAGGUGGAGGCUUUGGGAGCAGCUUAAGCAGCGGCUUCGGUGGAGGCUUCGGAAGCGGUUUAGGCAGCAGCUAUGCAAGUGGAUUAAGCAGUGCUUUCGGGGGAGGUUUUGGCAGCAGCUCAGGAGCUGGUUUUGGAGGUGGCUUUGGCAGUGGCUCCGGAUCUGGGUUUGGAGGUGGUUUUGGCCCUGCUGGCACUGGGGAUGGCGGCCUUCUCUCUGGCUCAAAGAAAGAAACGAUGCAGAACCUCAAUGACCGUCUGGCUGCGUAUCUGGACAAAGUGCGAUCCCUGGAGGACGCCAACACCGAGCUGGAGCACAAGAUCCGCGAGUGGUACGAGAAGAACGGCCCUGGCGCCGCCGUCCCCGGCUCUGGGAACGACUACAGCAAAUACUGUCCUGUCAUUGAGGAGCUCCGAAACAAGAUCAUCAAUGCAACCAUCGACAACGCCAGAAUCAUUCUGCAGGUCGAUAAUGCCAGACUGGCUGCUGAUGACUUCAGACUGAAAUAUGAGAACGAAGUGGCUCUUCACCAGAGCGUGGAAGCUGACAUCAAUGGUCUGCGCAGAGUUCUUGACGAGCUGACCUUGACCAGAGCUGACCUGGAGCUGCAGAUCGAAAGCCUGAAUGAAGAACUGGCUUAUCUCAAAAAGAAUCAUGAAGAGGAGCUUCAGGGCAUCCAAAGCAGUGCAUUUGGCCAAGUCAGCGUUGAAAUGGAUGCUGCUCCAGGAACCGACCUGACCAAGCUUUUGAAUGACAUGAGGGGACAGUAUGAAAUCAUUGCUGAGCAAAACCGCAAAGAGGCUGAAGCAUGGUUCAAUGAAAAAAGUGGGGAGUUGAAAAGGGAAAUCUCCACCAAUACUGAGCAGCUUCAGUCAGGAAAGAGCGAGAUCACGGAUUUAAAACGGACUCUGCAGAGCCUGGAAAUCGAGCUGCAAUCUCAGCUUGCCAUGAAAAAAUCCCUUGAAGACACGUUAGCAGAAACAGAGGGAGGUUACUGUGCUCAGCUCUCCCAAAUGCAGCUUCAGAUUGGGAAUCUGGAGUCUCAGCUGUUCCAAGUCAGGGCUGACAUGGAGCGCCAGAACGCAGAGUAUCAACAGCUCCUAGACAUCAAGACUCGCCUGGAAAUGGAGAUUGAAACCUAUCGCCGCUUGCUGGACGGCGAGUUUGUGAGUGCAGGACAGGGAGUUACCUUUGAAAGCUCAUCCUUGACAGGGUCCAAAUCACAGACACAAUCACUAGACUCUUCUCAAGAUCCUACCAAAACUAGAAAGAUCAAGACAAUUGUCGAAGAAGUAGUGGAUGGAAAAGUUAUUGCAUCCCAUGUUAAGGAAGUUGAAGAGAAGAUAUAA